ACCAUAUGUGAUUAUCGUGCGCUUGUGCUGAUUUGAAAUCGACUCGGGCAUUGGCUGAGUCUUUAAACAGUUAUGUACAUGACCUGGAAAGACGAUUACGCCAGGCUGAGAGUGCUCUCUCGUCUCCUCAGGCCACUCACAAUGCUUCCGGUCUGGUGAGCUCUGCAAGUCAGCUACACACCGAAGCGACACGCAGCACGAUGCUGACCCCAUCCUCUGGCACUGGCAACGACAAGUCUACCAUCCUCAAAUCAACAGAGAUUCGUCACGAGACUACGCCGGAUACGAGCGAUGACGGCGAGACAGAAGUUGUAGAUGUCAACCCCAUUACGUCAUCCAUUGAGUUUCAUGGUAAUUCUUCGUCAAUGGCAUUUCUUGGCCGUGUCCGCCAGGAGUAUUCUGCAUCGCCAGACGAACCAGUUCGAGCUGGAUCAGAAAGGCCCUCGCUAGUCAGCGCUUUUCAGAAUACCAAUUUCGGUGCUCAAAAUGACAGAAUCAUGAACUGGAACGAUGGAUUCGAUGAACGACUCUUCUCUCCUCAGCUUUACGUCUUUGUGGAGACGUACUUCAGCAAUCUCCACUACAUCCAUCCUAUCAUAGAUCAAGCCCACUUUCUUCGACGUUGCGAUGACCUCUGGCAAGGCCACCCCGAACGCCAACCACGGAGUUUUAUUGCCAUGUAUUUUGCAAUGCUAUCACUAGGCUCUUUGAUACGAAAUUGGACCGAGGAGAGAAUCAAUGAUAUGGGACGUUUUGAUUGGAGCCGCAUGCUCUUCGAGAGAGCGGAGCUCGCGCUCGGGAAACCCGGUUAUCUGAACGAUCUCGAAGCUAUCCAUACGCUUUUCUUACUGGCCAAAGUCUGCCAAAAUGAAUUGAAUCCAAAUUUAUCAUACAUGUACCUGGGCGUCGCCAUUAGGACCGCACUCUCGAUUGGCUUGAACCGGAAUGCCUUGCCAGGGAGACAUACAGCAGACUCGCCCGAGGCACACUAUCUAUCACGGACGUGGUGGGGCCUAUACUCUCUCGAAAUGGAACUCAGUUUCGCGCUUGGCCGGCCAGACACCCUCGGCAUGGAGGACUACCACAACAGACCGAAACCACCUGUCGAUGACUCCGAGACCGGAAUAUUGACCAGUAUGCUUGGGCUCGCUCGGAUCAUGCGUUCGACUUCAAUUAGCAUCUACCUGAGUAAAGCUACCAUUGCCGAGAAGCUCACAAGAGCUUUUGAGAUUGAGGCUGAUAUUGAUGCGUGGGUCCAGACGUUACCAGUCAGAAUCAGACCGAACAUGACGCCUGAUCAUAAGCGGAAUGCUCUGACAGAUCCAACAUGGGCACAGCGUCAGCGAAUGGUGUUGCAGAUCCGUUACUAUAAUGUCAAAAUGCUCUUGCUUCGCCCAUGCGUGGUACAUGCAGCCAAGCUUGCUGCUCAGAGCCGACCUCUACCGACAGGGAUGGAGGAGGCGAUUGCCAAGUGUACAGAUGCGGCCGCCAGUACUAUUGAGAUUAUCUACGAAACAUGUCGUCUUCACGAUUUCUUCCGUACAUGGUGGUACAACACAACAUACGUGACAUUCGCAGCAUCCAUUUUACUCUUCAUUGCCGCUCAGCCACAGCUCUCGUCGUCAUCAUCAUCUUCAUCACACCAUAAGCCACCUUAUUUACCCCUCAUCGACCAGUCACUUGAAAUCCUCGAUGCUAUGCAUGAAUCAGUGGUAGCUCGUAAAACUGCUGGCAUAAUGCGGCAAAUGGUAGCAAGGUUCCGCGAGAGAAGCACUCCUUCCUCACAGUCCCCACACAGCCAGUCUGGUUCUCUGCCCGUUCACAGAGUGCCUAGCGCCCCGAGGUAUAUUGUCCAAGCUGCACCCGGCCAGCAGCAAUUCGUUCCAGAACCGCGGUUUGAUGCGGUUUUCCCAGAAGCUGUUGGUAAUCCGAGCUUUGGUCUGGGUAUGUGGGAUCUGGCGGGUCCGCAAGGAGGUUACGGAACCUGGGAUUAUACUAACUUCUCAAACGAUGUCUACUGGCAGGGGGGAUGAAAAUCCGGGGUGGAAGAGGUUCGACCACUUGCCGCGACACAUUCGGCUUUGCAGCACUAGAAGGAGGAAGCCGAAGGCCCUUCUGGCUUUCAUUCCUCGAAAGUCCCGUACUUCCGAGCUUCAAACAUUUGCGAGGAAGACUGUUUUGAGCGCAUUAUCUCAAGGAGAGCAUAUCGGCAGCCAAGACUAUGGCAUAAGUCUCAAGCACAGAG